GCUCUCUCUCACCCUCCUCUCUCUUAUCCUGCGCCUGUGUGUGUUUUUAUAGACAAGAGGUCAGCAGUAGUCCUCUCUUCUUUUUUUUUAAUUUUCCCUCUCCCUCCCUUCGGCGGCUGCAGUUGUCCACAGUCUGUCCUGUUGUUCACACACUUACUGCAGCUUACUUUUUAUUUUUUUUCUUUAUACUUUGAACUGUUUAAAGAUAGCUUUUUAUUUUCACCUCAACCAGAAGCCGGGACAUUUUUUCUGCUUGAGGAAGGAGUCAGUGGUUCCAGUCGCGACUUCACUCAUCCAUGGAUCCUUCAAGCAAUCACAUCAGAGAUAGAAGUUAUUCAAAAUUCAUCAAGAGGACAUGCUGACAGAAAGAAAUGAAGGGGAGAAAAAUUAAGUAGCUUUCACAAGGAAGGCACUCUUCUGAACUUGUUCACUGGGCUUAUUCUCUUUGACCUCAAUAUAAACCGGGGAUUAUCCGUAUUCCUUAUAGUUUUUGGUGAAAAGCCAGUGCUUGUUUUGCCUUGGGUAGACUAGAAAGAGGAUUGGAAAGGAAACUAGCUCCUCAUUCCCUGUGAGAGAGCUUUUGCAUAUUUCCUCUGGCGAAGAACUUGAAGCGAUUAAAAACCGUUCUUUAAUUUAUUUGGAGCGACUUCAAGUAAAGGAAAAAACAUGGCGUGUUGGUAUUUAUCCCUGUAAUGGAUUUGGAUUUCUUCUACGAAGUAUCCCAGGCGCAUCCUGUUUAUUUUCCUGGAUCUAACACGUCAAACGAUCCGACAACAUAUUGAUGAUCUCCAUUUUUCUCAUGCAAUGGAAGUUCGGAAAAGAGCAAAGGUGAACCAGGCUGGGAGCAGUCUGGGGAUUUUGCUACCCGGAUCAUCUUUAGAGAGAUGCAACAGUGGCAAGAGGACGGAGCCAGCAAGGAUUAGAGAAGGAGUUUCCCUGCUUGGACAAUCCGGUUCUUUUUCCGGUUCAUGCCUUCCGCGCCAGUGGCCUUGGCAACGGUGUGUUUCCAUGGCAGCAGGGCUGUUUCUAGCGGUGCUGCUGGCCGUGACUCAGGCCUGGUGUGUCAACGCCAUACACGAGAAUCUGCUGUGGUUCUCUCAGCUCACGGAAGUGGAGAGGGAGAUCUCUUUCCGGACGGAAUGUGGACUCUACUACUCGUACUACAAGCAAAUGUUGCAGGCUACAUCCAUACAGGAAGGCCUGUCAGAACUGAUCCGUGACAACUUGACAGAAUCAAAGAGGACCAUCAAUCUCUUACAGCGGAUGAAUAUCUACCAAGAGGUGUUUCUCAGUGUUCUGUACAGACUGCUGCCCUUGCAGGCAUAUCUGGAGCCCGUGUAUUUCUACAUUUACACAGUGUUCUCGCUCCAAGCCGUGUAUGUGAUCGCUCUGUACCUCACAGCAUGGCUCCUGGCUGGUUCCUGGCUGGCUGGUUUACUGACUGGAGUCUGGUACAUUCUUAAUAGGGUGGACACCACUCGGGUGGAGUUCACCAUCUCCCUCAGGGAGAACUGGUCUUUGCCCUUCUUUGCCCUGCAGGUCACUGCUGUCACUUGCUACCUCAGGCCUCAGCUCAGCGCCUUGCAGCAGAAAGUGAUGGUAUGGCUGAUGUACGUGACGACAUGUUGCUUCUGUCUGACGUGGCAGUUCAACCAGUUCAUCCUACUGGUUCAAGCUCUCAUUGUUUACAUCCUGGACAUCGUCGACCUCUUGACGACGACCCAGGUGACCACACUGUACCUGGUUCAGGUGAGCGGCCUGCUGAGCGUUUGGCUGCUGCAAUUCUGCAACUCCAUGAUCCUGGGAUCGCUGGUGCUCAGCUUCAUUGUUGCAGCACUCUUCAUCAGACACUGCCAGUCUGCUUUGAAGACUGGAGGCCUGCUGGUUCGUCUGGCCAAAGUUCUCCUCCACAGCAUCCUUGUUCUGCUGCUCGCCUUCAUCAUCAACUCCUUGACUAAGAAAGCGCUUCAGCUCAGAUCAGACGAGCACAUUUUUAAAUUCAUCAAGUCAAAGUUUGCCUUGGGGCCGACGAGGGACUUUGAUGCCAGUCUGUAUCUGUGUGAGGAGGCCUUUGGGCUGCUACCACUGGACACUGUGGAGCGCCUGGCUGGCACCCUGCUGCUGUACCCAUACGUCCCCACUGUCCUGCUGCUCAGUGGCAUGCUGGCAGUGGCAGUGCUGCACAACCUCAGACCGAAAGGAGGUUGGGAGGAAGAGAAGAGAGCAGCUGCAGGGGGACAGGUGGAGACUUUCCGGCCAGAUGUGGCCUACAACCUGCUGCACUCUGUGCUCUACGGCCUCCUGGCUUUCAGCACCAUGAGAAUGAAAUACAUUUGGACAGGCCACAUGUGUGCGGUCGCGGCAUAUGGUGUGUGUGGGACCGACCUGUGGACUCUGCUUCUCAAAGCUCUCCGCUGCAACACUAAAGUUCUGCUCCGGUUUAUCAGAUAUGCAGUUCCAGUGCUGAUGAUUGGCUGGCUGUAUUAUAAGUUCUGGCCUAAGCUGAUGGAGGAGCUAUCAGAGCUGAGGGAGUUCUAUGAUCCAGACACAGUGGAGCUGAUGACCUGGAUUAGCACGAAGACCCCAAAGCAGGCUGUGUUUGCUGGAAGCAUGCAGCUCCUGGCUGGCAUCAAGCUGUGCACAGGCAGAGUUCUCACCAACCACCCACAUUAUGAAGAUAAAGACCUGCGGGAGCGGACCAGACAGGUGUACCAGGUGUAUGCUCGGCGGUCCCCAGAGGAAGUGUAUGACAUCCUGAGGGCGGUGGGGGCCGACUACGUGGUUCUGGAGAACAGCAUCUGUUACGAGCGGAGGCACCGGAGAGGCUGCAGACUGCGGGACCUGCUGGACCUGGCCAACGGACAUAUCAUGGAUGGACCAGGUGAGAACGAGCCGGACCUUGUCCCCGCCUCCCACCCUCGCUUCUGCGAGGCCAUCAAGACGGACGCCACGGCUUACACUGGGCUGUUCACCAGAACAUUCCAGAACAAAACCUUCUACGUCUACAGGCUCAAGAAGAAACGUAAGAAAAGCGGCAAAGCGUCCUCCGAGCCCGGCGUGAAGCAGUAGCGGGACCAGAAACACAACCAGAGGGAGCACUUCCCUACUGUACAGAGCUGUGAUCAUGACUUUUAUUUUGAUGUUGCUUUGUUCUUGGCUAACCAUGACUCCAUGAAGUGUGGCGUCAGCGCAGCGGGCCAGUGAAGUCCGGGGUUGCACUUUUGCUAUUAGCGGAGAGCUAAAGCAACUCUUAAAAAUGCUGCUGUUUGCUACUGAGAUCAUGUUUGUCUAAGAAAACAGAAAUUAUUAAAACUAAUGAAGUUUCUAUAUGAACACAAUAGAGCCCUGAAAGUCAAAACAUCAGGGCAGUUAUGAUUUAUUUGAAGAUGGAUAGUUGAAGCGAUAUGAAUUAGAAGUUGAAAAAAAAUUAUUAAUUAGUUUUGUGGUAAUAUCAUAGAUUUGUUUACAUAUUCAGAAAUUCGAUAAAGGAAUUUUUUUGGUUUAUUAGUUUCUUGGUUUGUGGAUCUGAGAUUUUAGAUAUUUUCUAAGGCAGCAGUGUGUUUCCACCAAGAACUGAAUCAUUCCAGGCCGUUUUCUGCCUGCCACUCAUCUCAGGUGAUGGUGCCAUGUUCUACAAAGUGUCAAUGCUUACAUUAUGAAUCUCUGACUGUAUGAGAUGAAGUGUUUUCUGGACGUUUUUCACCAUAUCAGUUCAUCUAAGCGAUCUGCCUCUGUGUACAAGCAGACCUGCUCACACCUAACAUCAGCAAAAACAUCUGUGAAUUAUGAAUUUAUUGACUAAUCUCUGUUGUUCUAAGUUUCGAGGACUUUUCAAGCUGCCAAUGUAUUUUGUGUAAACGCCUACCCCCUGUCGCCUAGCAACAGUUACAUUGCUAACUCAAGCUGGAAAAAUGUUUUUCCUAUUCAAUUAAAUUAUUAAAUUACAUUUUUAUUAUUUUCUUUUUUUUCGCAAAAGAAAAUGACAUAAACCUAACAAUACAAUCGCUUUAAUCUUUUUUUAAUCCCCAGAUUUUAAUAUACUUUCAUAUAAAACCGUAUUCCGCUAUUGCUCUCCCACUUUAUUCGCCAUUGGUUCACGAAUAAAACUCAGUUUGGCUUAGGGAGAAAAAAAAGAUACUCCAGACUCUUCCAUCAAAUUGAGGGGGAAAAGUAUGGAUUUGGAGGAGCCUUUGAAUUCAGACAGCCUUUGUUGCUUCGCUGUUACAUAGUCAGCCUUCAAAGGCCUUCGAGGGUUGCAGUCCUUAAAUUUGGACAUUUUACAAGAUGCAUUUUAGGGUCAGGGUUUCACUGAACAGGGACAUGACAACAUUUGUUUCAAAACAAAUUGACGACACACGAAGGCAGUUUUAACUCCGGUAGCUAAGCUAACUGGGAUGAUGCUAGCUAACUUAAAGAUGUAAAUUAAAGUUUACCCAUCAAUAAAGUUAGACAUAAACCUCUUUGAGAGUGAAGUUCUCACCUUAAAAAGUCAAAAAAAUCUCACCAGCACUUAUGUCAAAUUCCAACUUAUACAAAAUGUCUACAGUAGAAGCGAAAAAUGUUUUAUCACUAGUGUCAAAUUUACCCUUUAAAUACGGAGACACUUUCCUGAGCUGGCAGCCAAUCAAAGUAUUGAUUAAAAUAUUCCACAGCAAAAUUGGAAACUCUUAAAAAUAGAUUUGGCAUCUGAUGGUGAAACUUCAGCAGCAGCAACACUCAGAUAUAAUAUGCUAUAGAAACAUAGUUUACAUGAAAACAUUUCUUAAGGUGAAAUCCAAAAGGGCAAUACUGCCAAAUUAAAUACAUACAUCACAUUGCAACUGUUGUGACAUUAAAAUAUUUUAAUGAGUAAAAUAUUUUUUCUUCUUGUCUGGUGGGAACAUCUGUGGGAACAACGUAUUUAUUGAAUAAAUCAUAACAAGUCCUGGACUUAUUUUAUUUCCUCCCAUGUUUACAGACAGGCUCCGUACAAUCGAGCCUUUACUUGUUGACUCGUUUUCUACCGUCAAAGUGAAAUACAAUAUAUUGGUUAAAAUGUUUUAAGCUAAUAUGAGCUAGCAUAUUAGCAGUUCUGUGUCUCAGUCCUGGUGCUUCCCUGAUCCAAAUGCUUUUCAGAACAAAGUCAAGCUGACUCUGAAGCAUCGUUUUACUCAUGAAAGUUGGCAACAAAUGCGGUUGAUGAUGAACCAACUUCUUCCCUGAACAGCUGAUUCAGUUUACAGAGCGGUUUGCUGUCGGUCAGAAGCGCCCAGAGCUAACAUUUGGAUUAGCUUCACUUUGUUGAAACUCGGACUACAUUGUCACUGUUUGGCCUCAGGGUUAACUGUAACCAUUUAUUGUCUAAAAGGUAAACAUUGAGGAUAAUUAUUCUUUUUUGGUUACACAUCUGAGGUCAGAGCAGCUUCUUGGUGAUAUUUGUGUCGCCUUUGUUGUUGUGAUUGCCGUCAUGUUUCUCUUUGUGACUCGUCAGCGGCAGCCUCAACCUUUUCACUGCCGUCGCUCCUGCAUACAAACACGCAUGAAUAAUGGAAGCUGUGAGGAAAUUGCAGCAGGCUGACAACCGCACUGAUUCCUCGCCGCAAUUUCCAAAUAAUUCGGAGGGUUGCCGAGGUAUGGCAACACUCAUAUGAAACCCAGGAGGAGGAAGAGGGUGGAAAAACAGACUCAUGUUAAAGAAAAGUAGAGAAAUGAGAGCAGAUCACAACUCGGAUCCAUAAUGAUCUACAGCCUUAUUUCCUUUAUCCUCUCGGCUUAAGGAAAGGCUCUGAUUGAAACAGAGAUGUAGAUGCCAGUCAGACAAGGCGCUGGUGUGUGUGUGUGUCUGUGUGUGUCUCCUCACACACCAGCUUUCCAGUAUUUGUGUGCAUGUUAAUAGGAACGUCGCUCUUUGAUAAUUUACACCCUCCUGCUUUUGAAAACGUGUCGUUUGUUAACUCCCGUCGUAAUGCAUACCAAUCGGAUCGGCGGCGCUUGUUCCUCGUCUGUCCUGCCUUCAUGCUGAUUGUUUAAUUAAGUAGAUGCCAGAUCGCUUUAUUUGAGAGGAAAGUGAUUCCAUUAUGUUUGCUUAAUAGGAGUGUACUAAUGUCAUAUUUUUCCAGCACUAGUAAUUUCCAUACAUAUUGGGAUUGGUGGUUCUGCUGUCGGGGCCCAUGGUGUUCUGUAACAAGCAGGACGAUUCCUGCUGAAGAACAGCAGAGAGAAGCUCAAACAGUUUUCUGGCUGUUCGCUCCAGUAUCAGGUGUUGGAUGUGGAUUUGAAAACAGCAACAAGGUCAAUGAGCUGCUGGAUGAUGAUGCUCAGCACGGCUGACACGUCAGGGGCAGGAACUCAUGGAACACUAGAAUAUUUUUCUGAAAUGGCAAAUUUAAUUUUCAGCUGGAGUGGGGUUUUUUUUAUUUUGUUUUGUUUUUUUCCUGAAUGAUUUGGGAUGUGCUGCUGCUCCAGAAUUAAUUAUAUUCUGAGGUCGUUUUGAGCAUUAGACAUAAAGUUCACUGGUGAUGUUUUCAUGUGUCUAAACACGAGUUCAGAUACAUUCUGUCAGAUGUUGUAGCAUCUCAUUGGCCAACUUGAUCAGUUUAAACAAAGAUUUUUCUGUUUAAAUCAUGAGAGUUAAUGCCAACACAAAGUCGUGUAUAAUUCAGAGGUGGACUGAAAACGAAAUGGGUUUCAACAUUUUGUAAAGAAAGUAUUUCAGUUUUAGCUCCAGAUCACUCAUAAGAGAUUAGAUACACAUUCUCAUAUUGAGUUAUGUCUGGACUUUGACUAAGCCACUCUGUUUGAUUAACAGCAGAUGCAUGUUUAUGGUUGUCAUGCUGAAAGGUCAGUUUAAACUGGAGCAGCACAAGCAAAUGUGGUGGAUGUCAGCAGAGCUUUCCAACAACUGAUGGAAAACUCAGUUGUGUAGCAUUGUCUUUGCUGCCAGAGCUGCUAGCAUGUUACCCUGUUGAUCUGUUAGCAUGUUACCCUAGUGAGCUGUUAGCAUGUUACCCUAAUGAGCUGUUGGCAUGUUACCUUAUUGAGCUGUUAGCAUGUUACCCUAUUGAGUUGCUGUUAGCAUGUCAUGACAGUCUUUAGUCAGAGGCUUCUUAAGAGUUGUUGAAAGGCUGACUGGUACUGGAGAUCCUUCUUGUCCACAUCAUCACCAAAAUCAAAUAUUUGAUGUUUCCUUUGGGAUAAAUAAAGCUUUUCUUUUAAUUGAAUGAGUUAUGAGACAAAAUGCCCACCAUAUAUCGUUUUCUUUACGCUGCAACACGACUGUGUCGGUGUGUCACAAGAAUCUUGAUAAAAUAAAUGAACUCUGUUAUAAAAGGCUUUGAAAAAAAUGAAUUCAUACAUUUACAAGGAGCUACAGGACUCUUCACCUUCAUUACAUAUCUUUGGUGUUUUCCCUGUGAUGUGAUCAUGCAGUGUUGUGCCAAAUAUGAAAGUGUAAGAAGGAACAUGUGUAAAACAUUGGUCUUUGUCUCUUGGACACAUUUAGUACAAACACAUCCACCUGCAGAAAACUUUAAGGAAACAUAAUUCAGGACGUCCUCAGAAUGUAUGGACUUUAAUGACAACAUGGUGUCUGUUUCUGUGAAGGAGGAAUGUUCAGUCCUGGAUCCACUCGGCUCAUAUGAAGCCAGUACUGCAGAAGUGAGUCAGUUUCUGCCAGUUCUAGUGCCAAAGUCAUUGUUACAGGACGAAUCUGUUAUUUUCUACAUGUUAUAUUAAACGCAUCUAUGUUCCGAAAAACUUUGCUCAAUAAAAGUACUCUCCACCCCC